AUGCCAGAUCUUUGUGUAACAGUUGGACAGAGCUUUGGCCCUGGGUCCUUGAUUUUUAGAAUGGGACAAAGGUCCUGAGGAGUACAAAACUUUUGUUUGGGUGAUUGACCCAGUCCUCACAAAGUGCUGACACGACUAUCUUGCAGGAAGGUAGAGAAAACGGAUUAGAAACAUACCAUAAACGUUUCCAAUACCAGAAAUUCUGGGGAAUAUCUUUGAAGAAAAUUUCUGUUGCAAUGGCAUCAUCCUGUCUACAGAUCUGUGCAUUGCUGCUGGCUUUAGCAGGAUUCACUACAUCACUUGUUACUACCAUGUCCAGCACUUGGAAAGUUUUGGACUCCACAACAGAGGUGGUUGCUGCAGACUGGGUUUCUGAAGGACUUUGGAUGGACUGUGCAGCAACUGCUGUUGGAUCAGUACAGUGCAAGAAAUUUCUCUACAUGCUGAGUUCAGACCCUCACAUUCAGGCAUGCCGUGCCCUGAUGAUUACUUCCAUCCUUUUGGGAUUUGUAGCUGCAGUUCUCUCACUGCUUGGCAUGAAGUGCACAAACAUUGGGUUGAGUGAUGAAGAUGGAAAAAUGAAGUUUACUGUCACAGGAGGAUUUCUUUUUAUUUUAGGAGGUCUCUGCUCCAUGGUGGCUGUUUCUUGGUAUGCUGCAAUGGUUACUGCUCAGUUUUUUAACCAACUCUACGCUGGAACCAAGUAUGAACUAGGAGAAGCUCUGUACUUAGGCUGGGCUGGAUCUAUCCUUUAUAUACUUGGUGGGAUCUUACUGACCUGUUCAUGCAGAGGGAAGGAAAAACAGAAUUACAGUCCCAAGAAGUAUGCAUAUUCAGCAGCCCAGGCAGCUCCUCAGCCACACAUGUACCCCAGGAGCUCUGAGACGGUCAUAAGCAACAAGGAGUAUGUCUGAGCUUCCAUCCUGCAUCACCUGUAGUGUUAGUGGCUUAUCAACUCCAAUAAGGAAGUGAACUACUUCUUUAUUCUGGUUCCAAGUUGCAAUCCUAUGCCCUAAUUUGGAGCAGUACCAGGAGGAGGUAUGGCUUUCAAUGUAAAUAGCAGUGGUUUUCAGAUGUAAAUAGCUUUCUACAGAAGAUGCUGUGACGUGAAAUCCUGUGGCAUGAAGGUUUUCUGCAUGCUGAGAAGCCUGGUAAAAUUUAACCAGAGUGCAGUAUGUGCUGACACUCAAGAGCAAUGGUUCCUAUUUCAGCUGACUCAAACAUGUGGAACUGAUAGCUCUAUCUGACUGCAAGUUCAUAUGCCCCACAGUUAGAAAUGUGUUUUGUUUUCAUUAAUGUUUAGCUUCCUUCUUUUGUUUAGCAGCUUAAGCUUUUGACAAGAAAUAAACUUUGUUCCACAGACAAACA